AUGCCUGCCGAAGAUUCCGAGGGUCAGCUGAAUGUGAAGAAGGAAAAAGUGGUACAAUCAGAUGAUGAUAAAUUGGGAGACCUUGUUUCUGACCAUUUGCAUAACUGUUUAGUCGAUGCUUCCAACACUCGCGAAGAACGUAAAACUCUUGAGAAGGAGAUUUUGGAGGUAUAUGAACCAGACUUUGUAAUCCUGGGUGACCCUGAUGAGGACCUUUACGCUCCUCUCGAUAUUGGCAGUGAACACUUGCUGGUUGAAAGCUCGAUCAUAAUGAAUGCUGAAGAUGAUGGUGAUAGGUCAACGCCGACAGUCCAUUACUUAGAUACUAUGGAUGGGUCAAGGACCAAGGAUGAGUUUGCAUCUUUGGCACAUAAAAUUUCUAACCUUGUUCUAUCUACAGUCCCGGUUUUUGAGAAAAAUGCGGCAUCUUUUUCACAGUCUGAUUUAGCUAGAAUUUACAAAACGUAUCAAGAGUUCUACACAUAUAUGUACAACGAGCUCGACUUUCGUCCCCUCAAUUCUACUCAGCAGCUGUACAAACCAGGUAAGAAGAGUGAAAAAUAG